AUGGGUGUUCCUUUUGAGGCUCUGAUCCCCUAUGGGAUCAUCGUUGGCAUGUUUGGCGUGACCGGUGUUGGUCUUACUGCUGUCAAGUGGCUCGGGAACGAGGGAAAGAAGGCCCGCUGGAACCGGGAUCUGUGGGACAGAGUGAUGAUGGAGAGAGAUUUGAGAAUCACAGGAACCUUGAGAGGCCAAUCAAGCAACGCCGAAGCCCCGAAGGGAUUCGAGCUUAGCAACCCAUGGAAGCUGGAAAAACGGAUCUACUAA